CAAUGGGAAGAAGAGCAAAUCAUAAAGGUUAAAUUUAAGCAGCUUCUGAUAUGCAUAUAACAACAUGGUCAAAAGAAUUAACUAAAGGAGCAUAGGAAUGUUCUGAAUCUUGUCCAGAACCACCUCUUAAUUGUCGACAUGUAUAGACAAAUUUUAUAUAGUACAAAGCUUAAUAAGCAUUUUUGAUUCAUAAAUAACGUGUCUAUUCAGAUAAUUAAGUUACAGAUCCUUAUUUGAUUUUAAAUGAAUGGAUGUAAUCAAAAUAAUAUGCUCAACAAUUACUUUAAUCAAUGCUUUUUUAAAUUGGAUGUGGGAGAGCAAUUAACUCUAAUUUAGGUGAUUAUACACAAUAUAUUGUAUGCUAUUUUGAUUUUGUAAGGAUUUAAUCAUGAAUCUUUUAGCCAAAUCAAUUAGAACCAUAUAGACCAAGUUCAUCUUUAAAUGUUGCUAAUUCAUGCAGAUUGGGAAGAUCUUCAAGUUAUAUAGGUUUAUGUGUUUCCCCUUAUUAAAAACUUUAGGGAAUGAUGCAAUUAAGAUAGAUUCAUAAAGAAAGCC